GCCGGCGCUUUUUCCCGACCAAAUCGUUUGCGAGUUCUGCGCGGUCUUUUGCUGCUCGCCAUGCUGCCUGCGGAGCAGCAGCAGCAGCAAGCUAGCUGGGUGGACAGGCAGCUGCUGCGGGAGCUGCCGGAUGCCUGGCGUAUCGCUUACCUCUUCUUCGCGCUGGCGCUGAUGCUGGUGUUGGGCACAGGCUUGAUGAUUAACCCGGCGACCAUCUCCACCUUUGUGGACUCUGUCGGAGUAGAUCAGCAGCCUAUUGCACAGACCUACCUGCCGCUGGUGCUUUUUCCCAUCCUCUUCGUCUACAACUUUUUGUGGGCGGCGCUCAGAAGUCCGCAACUCCUGGUGCUGAUAGUAUGCAUCACCUAUGCCAUCGUCUAUGCUGCCAUUGCGUUCCAAUCCAUGGUGCACAGCCAUGUGCCUGCCUGGCUGGCCUGGAUCCUCUUCUAUACCACCAACACCAAAUCCGUGCUCUUCCCCGUGAUGCUCUGGAGCGUGAUGAACGACUUGUCCUCGACGCAGUACUCGAAGGUGGCCUACCCAGCCCUGGUCUUCGCCGGCCAGAUUGGGGGCCUCGCAGGCUCACUGUAUGCCACCUUCGUGCACAAGGUGGGCGGCACCACAGGCCUGCUGAUUGUGCAGGCGGCGGCGCUCCUUGUGAUCGCGGGCCUGGUGUGGUGGGCCUGCGUCCUGGCGGCCCGCGCGCCCGCGGAGGCGGGCGAACCAGAGCAUGAGCCCCUGGCAGAGGCGCUGACGACGCUGCCCGUCGCUGAGCAAGGCAUCGAGGGGGAGGGCGCUGCGGCCCCGCGGCAAAACUGCUGCGCGAGGGGCUGCAAGGCGAUGGCGCUGAAGCUCUGGGAGAGCGUGGAGGGCAUUGCCCUGAUCCUGUCCCGCCCCUUCGUCGCGGGCAUCUUUUGGGUGGCUUGCGCCCACUUGGUGCCCCGCGUGAUCUUGGACUACCAGGGCACCGCCCUCACCAACGAACGCUGGCCCAAGAAGAUCGAUGGCCAUCUCAUCCCUGGGAACAAGGACAGGCAGACUGCCUUCUUCGCGUGGUGCAACGUGGCAAACACCAUCGGCACAGGCCUGCUGUCAGUGCUGGGCUUGCGGAGCUUGAUCGAGCGGGGCGGCCUCAUUGUCACGCUGAUGGCGCUGCCCAUUGCCAUGGCAAUCUCUGUGCUUCUGGUCUGCUUCUACCACAGCUUCUGGGUGGUCCAAGCAGUGCUGGUGGUUGUGAACGUGAUUCAGUACGCCCUGAACGGACCUAGCAGGGAGAUGCUCUACGUGCGGACCUCCAAGAGUAUCAAGUACAAGGCCAAGAGCUGGUCGGAUAUGUAUGGCAACUUCCUGCAGAAGACCUUGGGAGCGCUGAUCAAUUUGCAUAUUAACCGUGAGGAGGACUCGUGCAAGCCCCACUGUUUCCAGCCCGCGUUCACGGGCAUCUUCAGUGUUGGAUGGUGUGCUGUUUGGGCCAUCGUCGCAGGCCUCUUGGGCGCCAAGCACGCACAAUUGGUGCGGAAGAAUGAGGUCGUGAGCUGAUCCGACCAAUCGCUACGGCGAACCCAAAA